AUGAUUCUGGUGGACUGCAGUCUGAUCCGAGAUGAGUGUUCCGCUUGCGGCCGGCCGGCGCAAGAGAGACGGAAAUUGUACACCAGCGCGAGAAAAAAACGAACGAAGUGCCGUCGCUUCGCCAUGGGCAUCGUUGCCAUACUGUGUGUGGUUGUGAACCGCACUUCUCCGUACUCGAUUCAGGACCAUGAGAGAGUGUCGCCAAGUUUUGCCGUGUUGCGGGCAAAACUUGUGCUGUUGAGCUUCAACUAUAUCCGCGUUGGUCAAGUAGCCACAACGUGUUUGUCGUGUGCUGGGGCUACCUCGUGUCGAAACGACCGUUACGAAUGGUUUCCACGGCCAUCUCAUUGCGAGGUGUGCCGUCCACUGCCGUUCGCGCGUCAAUCGUUAUGCUUCCGCCGACGUAGUGUGUGA